AUGGACUAUGUUUGCCGAGCUUCUAUGCUAUGUUGGGCUUUAUGGAAAUCUCGCAACAACACAAUUUGGAACAAAAGGAAUUCUACGGUACGUGAUGUAUUAGUAUCUGCUUCUAUUACUCUUGAUCAUUGGAGAAAAGCUCAGGAAAAUUUUGCUUUAUCAUCUCUAUCCCUUAAUAAUAGUGGUGAUGGAGCCGAGCUUUGGACUAAACCUGCUGAAAACUACAUCAAGAUUAAUAUAGAUGAUGCGCUAUUCCAUCACGAAAAUUCCUAUGGUUUUGGCAUUGUAGCGAGAGAUGAUUUUGGAAAGCUUAUUGAAGCUAAAACUUGUUACAAAGCCGGUACCUAUUCUGCUGAGGUUGUGGAGGCUCUGGGGAUCAAGGAAGCUCUCAGUUGGAUUAAGAGCAAAAAUUGGCAAAAAGUUGAGAUAGAGACCGAUAGUCUUCUUGCUGUUCAGGCUAUCAGAAGUGAUCAUAAUAUGUCCUCUAUUUUUGGUUUAAUCACCAAAGACUGUUUUGAGUUAUUGUUGUCUCUAAUUGAUGUUAAGUUGCGUUUUGUUAAACGAUCAGCAAAUUGGGUUGCUCAUGCUGUUGCUAGGCAUGCCCGGUUUACCUCUAGUUGUAGUAUUUUUGAGUAUAAUGUCUGGCCUGAUUUGAAGGCCCUCUUGUAUUCAGAAUGCUUUUAA